GCGGUGAGCAAGGCGCAAGACACCAUCCAGGGCUUGACCUUCCCGCAGGCCGUCUUCAGCAGGUGGCCAGUGUGGGAGCUGAUGGCGCACUUGUCCCACGCACCGCCACGAGGCCUUACCAAAGACCUGGAGGUGUCCUCCUGCCUCAGCUUUGAGCCGUGCAAGCGAACGGUGGCCUUUUACAAGCAGCGGCGGAUUGAGCUUCUGGCGCCGGGGCUGCGUUGCCCGCCGCCCUCCGAGAAGCUGCGGCUCGCCUACAGCGAGGGCGUGCUGCUGCUGCGCAGCAACCUGUCCGAGGACUUUGUUCCGGACCAGAGAGGGAUCACCUGGAUCCCGGAGCUCCGGGUCACGGACAUCUCGAGGGUGGUGCAACGGAUGUCCGCCGAGGAAGUGGAGGCAACGUCCAGCUUCAUCGCACGGUACCUGCCGCAGCGCAGGGUGUCGGCGCUGGAGCUCCCGCUGCGCUUGGAGUGGGAGGGGGUGCAGAUCACCAGCCAGGUGCACCAGUAUGGAGAGCUACACCUGGAGCCCCAGCCGCUUUCUUCGGCCUCAAAUCCCCGACCGCCAGGGCCGUCGAUUUACCUCCUGAUCCUCGAGAGCGCCUCCCGCGCCGGGUUUGAGGCGUACUGCCCCUUGACCAUGGCGUUCCUCCGACGCCAGCGGAAGGGCGGAGCGUGGCGAGCGAAGGACCUCGGCCUCUUCCACGCCUUCCUGGGCGGCACGGUGGCGAACAUGCUGCCGGCGCUCAGUGGCUUCUCCUACGACAAAGUCAAGGAUUCAGACCGCAGGGCCACGUGGGAUUGCGACGUCGUCCUAGAUGGGAUCCCCGAGGAUCGGUUGAUUUGGAAUGUGGCGAAGAAGCACGGAUACAAGACCAUCUUCGGUGCCAGCGGCUGCAAUGGCUUUCUGGGCACGCGGUACUGCAGGAAUCGGCUGCAAGAGUUUGAUCGUGUUGCACCAUCCUUGGAAGUUGACCCGAACUGCCACAGCCAGAACGAAUGGCGCCUGAUCGUGCAAGAGAGGAAUCGAAGCCGUGGUUGCGUCGGAGAGAAGAGGCCGCAUGAGCACUUGCUGAACUACUUUCUUCGAUUUCAGGAGAUCCACGCAGAUGUUCCCAUUUUUGCCUACCUCCAUCUUGAGGCAGCGCAUGAAGCGCAAGAGGCGCUGCAGCUACUUGACAAAGCCCUACUUUCACACCUUGAGGGGCUCAGCAGGCUCCCGCCUGAGGCGCGGCCUGUGGUGGUCCUGGCGGGUGACCAUGGGCCGCCGGACAUGUGCGACGAGAGCUUCCCUUUCGUCUCAUUGUUAAUGCCUGAAGCACGCCUCCCCGUGGCUCAAGGUGCUCCCCUCGGGAGUCCUGGCGUUUCGGGGACGAAGCGGCGUGCGCACGAGGACCAAGCACGCGCUUGGCGGAGGUAUCUUUGGAACCUUGACCAGAACCGAUUCGUUAUAACAUCCUGGUUUGAUGUGUAUGCCACAUUCCGCCAGCUCAUCGGGGAUGCAGGAGAUGUCCAGAACCUUUGGCAGUGGGAUGCCCCGGACCAUCGGGCCCAGUCCUUGCUGAGCCGCAUCUCGCAGCAAAGGACCUGCACGCAGGCCGGCGUUCCAGAGUGGCACUGUGCCUGUGCCCGCAGCUGGGUUGGCUGGUGCCCGCUGUCUGAGCGUGGCAAGCGCGAGGUGGCUGAGCGUGCGCUGCAGGAGGCCCAGGACAUCCUGGAGGUCACCGCCGCCAAGUUCAGGGCCAACAUGUCCAUUUGCCGUCCCCAGAGGCUCGAGAAGGUGCUGUCCUGCGAGUCGCAGCUCAACACCCUCCAGCGGCUUCAGCGGAAGCUCUGGGGCGCGGGCGAAGGAGAGCGCAGCGUGCUGCGGCUCAGAGUGCUGAGCACGCAAGGCAUGGAAUUUCAGUUUUAUGCCUACAUGCUCUUUAAGUCCAACUCGGGGGAUUUCCAGGACCUGGAGGGCCACGUGGAGGAGGUCUUUAAGCUCUUCCCCAGGUCGCCCUAUGCCCCCAACGAGCCCUGCACCCCGCGGCCGCUGGACCCGGCGUUCUGCGCCUGUGCCCCUGAGGCGAAGGCUGCGAGCAGCGCCAAGGCGCUGGAGCUCUGCGGGGACACCUCGCGCCUAGGGGUCUCCGCGGCGGACGUCUUUGCGCAGUUCGCGAAGCCCGUGAACUCUGCGGAGGAUGCCCAGUGCGCCGCGCUGGAAGAUGCAGAGGUGUCUAUGGCCCUGCAAGGCCUGCAGAAGAAGGACCCCACCACCCGGCUCCGCAACGUGGGGGAGUUGCGGGAGCUCCUUGCCGCGAGAUCGCCCCACUUGGGGGAGAUCUGUGUUCCUUUCUUGCACAUCUACCGCCGUCUCUGGCCUCAGGACUCCGAGCCGCGUGUGCGGGAGGGCCUCCAGAGGUGCCUCCAGGUCUUGGUGGAAUCGAUGCAGCGGGACUUUGCCAAGCACCUGCGCACCGCAAGGGUCGCCCAGUUGGAGGGCGUUUCCUACGUGGCUGUGUGCUUUCUGGAUACCCACGCGGAAGUGGCGCAGGCGGCCCGGAGCGCCUUUCUGGUCACUUUCUCCACGGACGAGAAGCGCCGCGGCGUUUUCCGGCACUCCCAGAAGGAGUGCCUGGCGCUACUGAGUUCGAACCUCCGACAUAGCGAGCAGUCCCUGCAUGACGAGCUGGGCAUCGUCCAAAUCCCGGACAAGGACACCGCGCUGGAGCGCCAGGAUCGGUAUGCGCGUGUGGUUGCAGCGUCUCUCAGCGCUCUUGGAGAGUUAGUACAUGUCUGCAGUGCCCCGCACACGGAUGCAUCCGGUGCUCCGAAGGCCAUGAGCAGCUCGCAGCUGCAGCCUUUUUUCGAGGCUGGCAGCGCGUGUGCCGUGUGGCCGCGGCUCGCCUCCAAGCAGCCGAUACCCGUUCGGCGAGCUGCUGUGCAAUGCUUGGUGCGGAUUCUUCGUUGCGAUUCGGAGCUGGGGUUGGGCUGCGCGACGGUGUCCACCCGCUCAGCGGCGCUGAAUGCCAUGGCCGACGACGCGUUGCCGCCCUCCAGCGCCAUUGCGCUGGUGCAGCACUUUGCGGCGGCCGGGGCGCCGGACUGCUGGGAAGGUUUGGUGGCCUCCAAGUCCUUGUGGCCCCAGCUGCAGCAGAUGCUGCGCCGCGCCGGCGGCGCCGCCGACGCGGCGGACUUCCUGACCCGGUUUCAGGAGCUGGUUCGAGUCUUUCCAAGGAGUGCCUGGACCGAGGGCAAAGCAGAGGCGCUUCUGCAAGACAUCCUCGAGGCUCUGUCCAACGCUCGCGGAGGGUUCUCUCGCUCACCAGAUGCGGCUUGGAGGGCGUACUUCGCGAUCUGCAGCGCUGCACCGGUGGUCGACGAGGCUUGGCGCUGGCACCCGGUGCUGCUCUACCUCGACACGAGGACGGAGGGCGAGGCGAGUCCGCCACAGGUCACGCUGCCGCGCCCCGUGCUGGCGGCGCUGCCUGCCGCGCUGGCGGGCGAGCUGCCGCGCCUGCCGGAGGCGGAGAAGCUGCUGGAUAUCCUGGGUAGCGCUUUGGAGGCAAAGCCGGACGCCGGCGAGCCAGGGUAUGCGCCGGCUUGGAGGGCUUCCGUGAGUCUCAUCCAGCAGUUGCUGAAAGUGGAGGGAAGCCUCGAAGGCCUCCGAGGCCUGCUGCAAGGGCAGCUGCGCCAGCUCUUUCUGGAGGCUUUGAAGUUGCCUGGGGCCCACGGCUUUGCUGAGGUCUUGGACGCGCUGAGCGUGCUGCUCUUGUGCGACGGGCUGUGUCUGAGUCCGGAGGAUGAAGAGGUGCGCGAUGCUUUGGUGGGAGCAACCGGCGCAGCAGGCCUGGAGCAUCUGCCGGAGUGGCCCGAGCAGGCUCGGGUCCUGGCUUGGCCCUUUCUGCCCUGGUGGGCCAGCCUCACGUCGAUCGACACGGCGGCUGCCGCGGAAGCUGUGGGCCAGAGGCUGGUGAAGCCCCUGCUGACGUCUCUGGCCAGGCGCUUGGACUCUGGCCAGGAGCAGAUCAGGGAACUGCUGCUAGAGGUGAUGCUGGCUCAGCCCGGCUUGCAGGCCUUGCAACUGCGUUUGACCUUGGAGUGUAUUCCUGAGAGCUACUCCCCCGGAUCCUCUGUGCGGCUGCAGGAGGCGGUGUCUCUGCUAGUGGGCCGCAUCAUCACCGACCCAAGCUCUGUGUCCAACCUGGAGGAGGCGCUAGCGGCGCUGUCUCUGGCCUUUGACGUCAUCGACUGUCAGCUGAGCUGCGCCAAGGAGUUGGUCCAUGCGGCAGAGGGCGACUUGCGGCUCAUGCUGCUGGCGACCAAGGCGCUGCGCGCGGACCGCUCGCUGCUGCAGCCGCUGUGCCGCUCGCUGCUGGCGGCGCUGAGCCACGCCGAGGACGUGGCGGACGAGGCCUGGGCCGCGCUGUCGCAGCUGCUGCGGCGCCUGGGCCCCGCCGCGGCGGCGGAGCUGCUGGCGGAGACGGACGCCAAGGCCAACAACUGGCUGCGUUUGCUGCUGGAGGGCAGCUCCUCCACGGAGCUGUCGCCUCUGCUGCUGCUGAGCCGCGCCAAGGGCCCGCUGAGAGGCGCGGUGCAAGCCGCGCAGCUGCGGCACAUGGCCCAGCACAGCGCCAAGCUGCUGGAAGGCGCGAGCCUGGAGACUGAGGCAUCAGAGCUGCUGGAGGUGUUCUGGGAGGUCCUGCUGGCUGUGACCGUUGGCGCCGCAAAGGACGAGGCCUCGCUGUCGGCGGCCGCGCGGGUCUGGGGCUUCCUGCGGACGUCCUCCAAGGCCACGCGCCUGAGCUUCCUGGAGGUCUGCGCCAAGCAGGCGGCGGCCGAAGGCCAGGCCGGCGCCUGGUGGCUGGAGGAAUCGGAGCCCGAUGCGCCCAUCGCCACGGCAUCGUUGGGUGGCCUGCUGCUGCUGCGGCACGUGCUACCUGCCCUGUGGCCGGACCGCCAGGCCGCGGAGGAGCUCGGGGCAGAGGUGCUCCUGAAGUGGGCGCUGGAAGCUGACGACAGCUCCAGCUCCAAAGGCUGGGGCCACGCAGCUGCGGAGGUGGUGCGCCGCGCCGUGCAGUUGGGCGCCGCGCCGGGCAGUUGGGUCUCUGCUGCGCGGUCGGAGCUCCGGGGUAGGCUGAGGGUGGCUUGCGCGGAGAAGACGGUGACCGAGCAGCUCUUGGCGUUGGCGGGCGCCGUCGAGGCGGCGCCGAUGCGAGCCAAAGAGGCGGCCAAGGUGGCGGUGUCUGAUGGCCCGCUGAUCACCGCAGCGUCAGAAGGAGACGUGGCGAUGGCCGAGCCCAAUGAGGAGGAGCUGGAUAUGGGCCUGGUGGACACCAUCGAGAAGUUGCUGCGCUGGUCGCAGGCAUCUUCCGAAACUUCCCGCGCCGAUGCCUUGGCUGCCUUUGCCGCGGCUUGUUGGCCCUCCGUCUCCUCCCCGGGCGUUGGCGGCACGCUGCCCUCGCGCAUGACACGCCUCGCGCUGGAGAUGCUGGGUGCCGCGCCUGGACCCGCCGCACUGGCCGCGCCCAAAAAACCGCUGCCGGCCAUGCCGGGCACGUGGCGCCUGGUGGCGGCCUUGUGUCGCCACGGCCAAUGGCCUGAGAGCAGCUGGCCCGGCGUGCUGCAGUCUUUGGUCGAGGCCAACCACUGGUUGGCCUCGGCCCAGCUGUCGGCCUUUGUGGAGGACGCCUUCUGCGCCGCCGCAGAGCUGCUGCCUCUGGGCCCUGUGCCCUUGGAUCACCUGGCCUCGCUGCUGCACUGCUCCGACGCCGGGCUGCGGUCCGCCGCGGCGCGGCAGCUGCAGCGCCGCAGCUGGGUGCCGCAGGCGGAGGCGGAGGCGACACCGAGCCCGGCCCAGGAGGCUUUGGAGAAGCUGGCGGGCUUGUUGGAGGCAGAGAGCGAGGAGAAGGAGCCCUCCGAAGGCGAGAGCGGCGCCGGCGCGGCGUCGGCGGGGGACGUGUCCUUCUGCGUGCUGAAGGCGGUGCUGGGGCAGGAGAUGACCCACACGGUGUGGUCCGCGGGGGAGGCGCUCAGCACGUUGGCCUCCUGGGAAGAAGGCUCGCGAGGCAGAAACUUGGUCUGGAUGUCGCAGGGCGAUCACGAGCGCUUGCCACCAGAGUGCGAGCGGCAGUGCGUGGCAGCCAUUGCAUCAUGGGAGACGCUGCUGUCAGGCAUCGACCGCGGCCUGCAGGGCGACAGAGGUGGCAAGGGGGAGAAGGAAGAGGCCAGCCCUGCAUCCCUCCUCGCCACCUUGGUGCAGCUGAGCCCAGAUCAGCUGGUGCACGGGACGGGGAAGUCGGACUUCCCCGCCAAUGUCGCACCUCCCAGCCACUGGGCAACGCCGCUACAGCCCUUGCUUCGGCUCCUUUGCCACAUCCUCACCUCCAGCCGUCUCGCCGGCUUCACGCGGGACGACACGGACGCGUCAGAGGCUUUGCUGGCCGAGGCUCUCAAGGAGCCUGUGGCGAGCUACGAUUUGAUACCUCUGGCUGCGCGUACGCUGCUGCUGGCGCUGCGCCUGGCGCCCGCGGCGGUGCGGAGCUUCUGGGAGCAGCUGCCGAGGUCUCGGGACCAGAACUUGGUGGAGAAGCUCAUCGCAAGGAGCUUCACCCCUCUGCUGAUCCAGGCAGAGGCAGCACUGGCCAUCUCCCAGCUGGAGGCGGAGCGUGAUAGGCUGCCUGAUAUAGAGACAUCGGUGGUCCGACGCCCUCGGCAGCUGCUGCUGCAACUCUCCCGGGAGGAUCUGAGAGCUGAGCUGUCAGUGCAGUUGCCACCUUCCUUUCCACUCAGGCCAGCCAGGGCGGAGUUCCCCGAGAAGAUGCCAGGGAUCCCGAAGCCUCGGGUCCGCAACUGGAUCCUGCAGGCACAGAAGGUAUUGUCUGGACAGCGGCCACUCGUCGUGGGACGUGCUGUGCUCAUGUGGUCGAGAAGCUUUGCUCUCUACUUCAAGGGCGUGGAGGAUUGUCCGAUUUGCUACAACGUGAUCCAGCUCACCACGCAAACCAUCCCCCGAAAGGCGUGCCCCACCUGCAAGCACAAGUUCCACGACAAGUGCCUCUACCAAUGGUUCAGGACCUCAUCCAAGACCACGUGCCCCUUGUGCAACCAACCGUUUUGA